AUGCAAACUCAGGCUGGUAUAUCGACGAUAUACCCUUCGUACAAGAGUAUUGCCACUGACAGACAACACGGUACAAAAUUAAAUAUCGUGUGCACUAUCGGAUCUGAAUAUGUACAGCAUUUGUGUGGUUUUCCUGACACUCGACAACGAAAGUGGGAUAAAAGUAUUCGGUUUAACAUGGAGAAAAACUUUUAG